AAGCCUUAUCACAACUGUUUGCAUUCAACACUAAAAAGGUUUGCCCUUGGUGUGACCCCAUUCAUUUAGGAUGCAUGUAUGCAUAUGGGCAGAAGUUCCUUGGCUUCUCGUGGUAUAUAAGGCGCCGGUAUACAAGGCGGAUCCCCACGUCUUCAGCGAUCGAGCCGCACGAUAGGAAAUGGAUCCCAAUCCAAACUAUCACCAUGUGAGUUUCGUCAAAAAAAUGCAAGCCAUCGCCGCCGAAUGUCUAUGGCCCUUCGUUGCUCUUGCGGUCUGUAUCCGCAGGAAGGGGCGCGGACGAAUCACGCUGAAAGAAGAGCUAUAUUGGGCCAGGUUUCGAUUUGGCUUCAAGAUGUAUCCGCUCUCGAUCUUUCGUGUCGCAUUCGCCGGUGACGCGGUCGCAAAGCGCGUCCUGAACUCACCCCGCUUUGACGCCGUCAAAUCCAACUUGUACGAACACGUUCGCAAGCCCGAUUUCGCGGGCUACUGGAUGUUUCGUCAUUCCUUCACCGAUCCGAAGCCUCCCUCCUCCUCAGACCUGGUUAUCUGCUACGUUCACGGCGGAGGGUACGCGGUUUGGCAGCCAGGGACUUACACCGCCUUCAUCCUCGCCAUCGUGGAGGCCAUCAUGAAACGUGGUCUUACCGUCAGUGUCUUCGCCCUCGACUACUCCCUCGCCCCCGAAGCGGGGUUUCCAACCCAGGUCGGUCAAAUGGCCGCGAUGUACAAGUACCUACACGAGGAGAUGGACGUAGAUUACGACAAAAUCGCCUUCGUAGGCGACUCGGCCGGCGGCCAUUUAUGUCUCAGCUUCCUCACCCACCUUCAUCGUCCAACCCAAUGGCUCUCCCCAAACCCGUCGGAAGGUCUGCCCAAACCGGGACAAGGGGUGUUCCUGAUGAGCCCCUUCGUCACGGCCGAUACCUCCUGUUCGACCUACCAGACGAAUGACGGGCUCGAUAUGCUCUCGAAGUCCAUCGUUACUCAGUACAGCGGCAUAUUCCUCGACGCGUCCGAGUACGGCAAUACAGACCUCGCGCUCCCGUAUGUGCAGUUCGUCGUCUACCCGGUCCCGGGCGGUCGCGACUGGGCGCAGAUACUCCCCAAGAAGGUGUGGGUGAGUGCUGGCACGAACGAGGUCUCGGAGGGGCACAUCGAGCAACUGGCCGAUGCUAUGCGCGAAGCCUCCAUCGACGUGCGGUUCUCGCUUACAGAUGGCAAGUCCCACGACUGGCAAUUUGUCGACUGCUUGAAGGCGGAGAAGGCUUACCUCGGAGUGCCCCUGGGGCAUGAU